AUGGAGCAGGGCAUGCCUCUGAAGCGAAAGCGGCGGCGCAGAACGCUGGCGUGCGAAGAGUGCCGACGCCGCAAAGUCCGAUGCGAUCGCGAGCUGCCGUGCACCAACUGCGUGCAGGCUUACAAGCCGGAGCACUGCUUCUACCAGCCCGACCCCAUGGCGGCACGGUCGCCGCCGCCGCGCCAGACCGAACAUGAGCAGCAGCCACAGCAGCCACAGCAGCAGCAGCAGCCGCACCAGCAACAGCCAUCAGCCGGGCUCCACGGACUGGCUGCCCUGAGUGGAGUGGCUGCCGGUGUCAUGGCCGGCACGCUGGAGUCGGAAUGGCCGGCAUCGCCGAGUCCGGCUCGCUACCACGGUCACAGCCAUGGCAACCACCAUGGCUACAGCCACAGUCACGGCCACAACCACGGUCACGGCCAUCAUAGCCGUCAUGACCACCACCGCUACCUGUCGCCGUCCAGAGGCCUCCUGCCCGGCUUCUCGUCCGUUUCUGGCAGCGAAUCUGAAGUGUCGGCCCUCAAGGAUCAGGUUCGCCGCCUUGAGAGCCGGCUGGCAUCCGUGCUCGCCGGCCAGGACCUGCCGCCUCGACCACCCUCGGCACAGACCACCCGCACGGCCCCCAUACUGCCGCCUCUGUCGCCCCGUCCGCCCCGGGCUGCUGGUUCUACGCCCGCACACACGCCCACGCCCUCGUCCACGCCGCUGCCGCUGCCGCUGCCCGUGUUGCCGCCGCCGACACAGCUGCUGACCAACGGCUACCGGCUGGGCGGCCCCCUGGAUCAGACCCUCGACGGGACGGGCGAGAAACAGUACCACCGCGACAAGACGCAGUACAUCAGCCGGGGCCACUGGAUGAAUGGCGCGCUGCUGACGCUCAUGAAACCCCUAUUCGAACAAGUCAUGCGCAAACCGGAGACCAGGAAUGGCCUCGAAAAGUGCAAGUCUCUUGGCCGUACCAUCAAGGCCAACCGCACACCAUCGCUUCUGCAAACACUCGACGUCGGCCGUCACGUGCCUGCACGCCAGCUCGCCGACGAGCUCGUCAGCUGCUACUUCCGCACGUUCGAGUCCGUCUACCGCAUCCUCCACAUCCCCACCUUCAUGCAGGCCUACCAGCGCUACUGGGAGAAGCCCAGUGCUGCCAGCACCGUUUUUAUCGUCCAGAUGCAGCUAUGCAUGGCCAUUGGCGUCUGUUUCUACGACGACACCUGCUCGCUGCGCCAUCUGGCCGCUCAGUGGAUCUACGAAGCCCAAGUCUGGCAGAUGGCUCCCGCACAGUCCGAAAAGGCGCGCAUGACCGUCGCCGGCUUGCAGACAAUGUGCUUGCUGCAUCUGGCUCGCGAGACCUCCAGCGUUGGCGCUGACCUGUUGUGGGUUUCGGCCGGCAGCCUCAUCCGCUCUGCCAUGUACCUGGGCCUGCACCGUGACCCCAGCUGCAUCCCCAAGAUCCCGCGUUUUCUCGCCGAGAUCCGCCGCCGCCUCUGGGUCACCGUGCUCGAGCUCUCCCUGCAGUCCAGCUUCAGCUCUGGCGGUCCACCCCUCGUUGAUCUCGACGACUUUGACUCGCUGCCGCCGGCCAACUUCUUUGACGACCAGCUCGCCGAGAAGAACUGCACGUCCGGCUCCGUGCCCGAAUCCGGGCCUGCCUCGACAGUAGGAGCAUUGCCUCCUCCCUACCCGCCUGCAACCUUCACCGACACGUCCAUCCAGAUCGCCCUGUUCAGGUCCUUUCCCACCCGCUUGGCCGUCGCCCACAACGUCAACGACUUUCGCAACCCUGGCUCCUACGACGAAACCCUUCGCCUCAACUCGGAGCUGCGCUCCGGCUGCCAGUCCCUCUCGGCCACCAUGCAGUCCUUCUGUACCGCUUCAGGCACGGGCAAGAUGCGACCCUCCACCUUCCACCUGCGCCUCGUCGAGCAUCUCACCCAGCGCUGUUUCCUGUCGCUAAACCAGGCCUUCCUAGCUGCGUCCCAGAACGAUCCAAAGUACUACUUCUCGCGCAAGGUCAGCGUUGACACCGCCCUGAAGCUGUUUCAGGGUUGUGGCAGCUGUCAGACAACAUCUACGGGCGCGAAAUCUCUUGUGCCAGACAGGGGCACCACACCACCACCCUCUUCCCACUGGAGCGCAAUAAUGACGAGCAACAGCAAUGGCGACUCGGGUGGCGGUGGUGCUUCUGUCUCAUCUGUAUCUACAUCACCGGGAUUGAGCAGUCGCGGAUUACGGAACCAUGGCUUCCCGUUUUCGUCUGGCAUCGACAUGGCAGACGAACCAACCGACUUCCACCGACUGUGUGUCACCGCAUCGGGCGCCUUUCGCUCCGUGCCCGUGCAGUGUUUUGCCACCCUCAGCAUGGAGCUUAUGUGGCAGUUGGAAGAAGAGCAUUCUGCGCGGCUCAGUCUGGGUAUCGUCGGCGGUCGUGGCACCUUUUCGGCCUCCUCGUUAGCUGCCGAACUGGACCCCAGCGCCUCUACGUUUCUCGCCAUGCCGGGCGUCAUGGCGCAAUCUGUGCUUCUAGAAUCGGUAGAGCAGGCCGUCCUCUUUACGGAGAAGCGCGUUACCGCCGGCGAGACAAACGUGAAGGGCAUACUGUUCCUAUGCGCCGUGCUUUCGCAGGCGCAGGCGCUCAUGCGCGGUGCUGAUAAAGAGGAGAUGGAGCAAACCGUUGUGGCUGAUUGCGACGCACGGCUGAAGCACUGUGUCGAACAGCUACGAGUGGUUGCAGCACGGCAUACUGUCGGCAGUGGUGCCAGCAAAGACGAUGCACCGACGUCACCAAGCUUCGGGCCCGAGCCCGCCGUUGGCGGGGGCAUGUUUGACAGCCAGGGCAUGAACGACCUGUCUGUCUUGACAGAUGCCAACAUGCCGAUCGGCGGGGACGGUUGGGCUUGGGAAGACCUGGUAAGUCGCGACUCAAAGUUCGGCCACUGCGCUAGGACGCUUACUAAUAAAGAGGUGCAGAUGCAGAACCAGGAUUUCACCUUCAAGUUCAACACAGGCAGCGUGGAUCCUUUCUUUCCCGUAAUCUGA